AUGAUCGAAAGUCCAACAGCAGCUGCUGAAGCCCGUGCUGAGCGGCGCAGCAAGUACCAUGAGGCCGAUGUCGUCGUCGUCGGCGCUGGCGUUUUUGGUUGCGGUAUCGCUUACGCCCUGGCCCAGCAGGGAAGAAGCGUUAUUCUGCUCGAGAGGUGGAUGAAGGAGCCCGACCGCAUUGUCGGCGAGCUGAUGCAGCCCGGCGGCAUUGUCGCCCUGCGCCAACUUGGUCUGGCCGAUACCCUCGAGGGUAUCGAUGCUGUGGCGUGCUACGGCUACAAAGUCAGCUUCCACGGCGUGGGAGUCGACAUCCCUUACCCCUCGUUCGAUGAGAAUGGCCGCAUGAUCCCGGCCUCCAGCACCGAACAAGCUACCAGCGCGAAGCAGAAGGAGGGCAAGUGCUUUCACCACGGUCGCUUUAUCAUGAACCUCCGCAGGGCCUGCCAGAGGCAGGAGAAUAUCACGAUUUUCGAGACCGAAGUCACUUCUACGAUCCGCGGCGACGACAAAGAUACUGUUCUGGGUGUCAGAUCCAAGACGACGAAUGCCGAGACUGGCGAGAAGAAGGAUGACUACUUCUUUGGUCAAUUGACUAUCAUCGCUGACGGCUACGCCUCCAAGUUCCGUAAGGAGUACCUCCCCAAGGCGCCCGAGGUCAAGUCCAAGUUUUACGCUCUUGAGCUCAUUGACGCGCCCAUGCCAUCCCCCGGCUACGGCCAUGUCGUCAUUGGCAACGCCUUCCCCAUUCUUCUGUACCAGAUUGGUACCCACGAGACUCGCGCCCUUAUCGAUGUGCCUGCCAACAUCCCUGAGGCCUCGCCCGCCGCUGGUGGUGUUCGCGGUUACAUCAAGAACUGCGUCCUGCCGACGUUGCCGCCCGCAAUGCGCCCCUGCUUUGAAGCCGCCCUGGCUGAUGGCAAGAUCCCACGCUCAAUGCCCAACUCAUAUCUGCCCCCUACGCGCCAGACGGCCAAGGGCAUGCUUAUUCUCGGCGACGCUCUGAAUAUGCGCCAUCCCCUGACGGGCGGUGGCAUGACCGUUGCGUUCAACGACUGCGUCAUCCUGGCGGAUCUUCUUCAGCCCUCGCGUGUUCCUGAUCUCGCCGACUACAAGGCCAUGGACAACGUCUUGAAGGAAUUCCACUGGCGCCGCAAGAGCUUGACCUCCAUCAUCAACGUGCUGGCUAUGGCCUUGUACGCUCUUUUCGCCGCCAAUGACCGCCAAUUGCGGGCUCUUCAGAAGGGCUGCUUCGCCUACUUCAACCGGGGCCACGCCGCCGAGCCUAUGGCGCUCAUGGGUGGCCUCAUCCACCAGCCGUUCAGGCUAGCCUACCACUUCUUCAGCGUUGCGUUCCUGGCCAUCUGGGUUAAUGCCUGUGAGAUUGUGGGUGGUAGCAUCUUUGGUUUCCUUAAGGCGCCUCUGGCGCUUAUUGACGGCAUUCUCAUCCUCUGGAGGGCAAGUGUCGUCUUCUUGCCCGUCAUGUGGCGUGAGCUUAGAUAG